UAAAAGGGAAGCGCGUUCAUCUGUGCCAGAGCCACUCUCCUGUAACCACGAGAGAUGGGGCAGCCUGUGCCGUGAGGACGGAGAUCGGAAGAAGGAAAGCAAGGACAAGAAAACAAGCGUGACAGAAGAGGACAUCUGGAGAAAGCGGAAGGCAGAAGACGGGGAGGGGAAAGGAACCCACACCAGGUGGAAACAGGACCAAGAGCAAACCGGUUGGGUCCACAGUUUUUUUCUGGAAGAAAGUACCGGAGGAUUGCCUUUUUUCCCUUCAGUUAAUGAAAACUACUUUUAUCCUCAUCAUAAAAGAAAAGGCUAAGGGGAGAACGGUCCUGAUUUCUGAAGAUCUACAUCCCUUUCAGAAUUCCAGCCGGAGAAGCUGAAAGAGAGAUACCUUUCGGAGGUUGAAAUCCUACUGAGAAACAUGGAAAAAGGAGCCAGGCACCGAAACAACACUGAAAAGAACCAACCAGGUGGGACCGAGUCGGAGGCCAGCCCCGAGACUGGUUCUGGAGAGGGCGGAGUAGCCCUGAAGAAAGAGAUUGGAUUGGUCAGUGCUUGUGGUAUCAUUGUAGGCAACAUCAUCGGCUCUGGAAUCUUUGUCUCGCCAAAGGGCGUGCUGGAGAAUGCCGGCUCCGUGGGCCUUGCCCUCAUCGUCUGGAUUGUGACGGGGCUCAUCACAGCUGUGGGAGCCCUGUGCUAUGCUGAGCUCGGGGUCACCAUCCCCAAAUCUGGAGGUGACUACUCCUACGUCAAGGACAUCUUCGGAGGACUGGCUGGGUUCCUGAGGCUGUGGAUAGCUGUGCUGGUGAUCUACCCCACCAACCAGGCCGUCAUCGCCCUCACCUUCUCCAACUAUGUGCUUCAGCCGCUCUUCCCCACCUGUUUCCCCCCGGAGUCUGGCCUGCGCCUCCUGGCUGCCAUCUGCUUAUUGCUCCUCACAUGGGUCAACUGUGCCAGUGUGCGGUGGGCCACCCGGGUUCAAGAUGUGUUCACAGCUGGGAAGCUCCUGGCGCUGGGCCUGAUCAUCAUCAUGGGAGUUGUACAGAUCUGCAAAGGACAAUACUUCUGGCUGGAGCCAAAGAAUGCAUUUGAGAAUUUCCAAGAACCCGACAUCGGCCUCAUCGCGCUGGCUUUCCUUCAGGGCUCCUUUGCCUAUGGAGGCUGGAACUUUCUGAAUUACGUGACUGAGGAACUUGUUGAUCCCUACAAGAACCUUCCCAGAGCCAUCUUCAUCUCCAUCCCACUGGUCACAUUUGUGUAUGUCUUUGCCAAUGUCGCUUAUGUCACUGCAAUGUCCCCCCAGGAGCUGCUGGCAUCAAACGCAGUUGCUGUGACUUUUGGAGAGAAGCUCCUAGGGGUCAUGGCCUGGAUCAUGCCUAUUUCCGUCGCCCUGUCUACAUUUGGAGGAGUCAAUGGAUCCCUUUUCACCUCCUCCCGGCUGUUCUUUGCUGGAGCCAGGGAAGGCCACCUUCCCAGCGUGUUGGCCAUGAUCCACGUGAAGCGCUGCACCCCAAUCCCAGCCUUGCUCUUCACAUGCAUCUCCACCCUGCUGAUGCUGGUCACCAGCGACAUGUACACACUCAUCAACUACGUGGGCUUCAUCAACUACCUCUUCUAUGGCGUCACGGUUGCUGGACAGAUAGUUCUUCGCUGGAAGAAGCCUAACAUCCUCCGCCCUAUCAAGGUCAACCUGCUGUUCCCCAUCAUCUACUUGCUGUUCUGGGCCUUCCUGCUGGUCUUCAGCCUGUGGUCGGAGCCCGUGGUGUGUGGCAUCGGCCUGGCCAUCAUGCUGACAGGGGUGCCUGUCUAUUUCUUGGGUGUUUACUGGCAACACAAGCCCAGGUGUUUCAAUAAGUUCAUCGAGUUGCUGACCCUGGUGAGCCAGAAGAUGUGUGUGGUUGUGUACCCCAAGGUGGAGGAGGACUCAGAGACAGAGGAGAUACAUGAGGACACGAAGCUACAGAAUCAGUCCAUCUACCAACCCCCUGCCUCUAAGGACAAGGAUGCUGUGGAGCCCUGAGGAUCACCAUCCCCUCUCAGCUGCUUCCUUCCUCCUUCAUCCCCCUUUCUAUCCUCCUUCCCUGCCUGGGUCUCCCCAACACACACACACACACACAUACACAAAAUCACUCACACCUCUGCUUCUAACAGGGGCAGGACCUGGGUGUGGAUGGUGAGAAACCAUAAACAAAGACACUGACAUUUGUACCCAAAGAUCCAGCUCCUCUUGCCCACAAAGCUUUGCGUCCAAAGCCCCCUACCAGGGCUGCCCACGCUCCAAGCUGUUAGAGGAGAGUGGAGCAGCCAGGGAUGCCCUAUAGGACCCUCCCUCCCAGCCCACACCCUCAUUCACUUCCUCAGGAACCUGAGUUCAGUACUGCCUUCCCUCCCCUGAGCCCAAGGGAGGCCUCUGCUCCAAGAGACCGUGGCAGCAGCAGUGAGUCAGUUGGGAGGGACAGACUUAAGCAGAUCUGUCACAAUUAAAGGUCAGCUGGAGAGCCCCAGAUCCCCCUCCCUUCACUAGGGACCCAAGAAAUCAGAGGUAAUGCUUUCCUCUGCCCUCUUCCCCACUUCUCCCCCUCCCCAGCCUUGGCCCCCUGAGCAGAGUGAGGUUCCUGAUAAGACAAUACUCCCCACUGAGCUAAGGACCAACAAGCAGAACUGCCCCCUCCCCCUAACCCCACCCAGGCCUGUGGAACCGACUGGGAAAGGCUCAGAUUGCAGAAACCCAGCCCUGCCCCUGCCCCUGCAUCCUGCCCCCAACUCGGUGCCAAAGCUUCCUGAAGUCAGAAAGUUUCUUAUUUUCAAUGCAGUGGACAUUUCUCUCCUAAUGACAAAGCAGCUCCGCUCCUCCUCCCUCCCAGCCCCUUGGGAAGAAGCCGUCACCCUGUUACCCCGCAGCACCGCGCCAACAGCCCCAGGCAGCCAGCACUGCCGGCACCCCCAUCUUGCCCUUCUCCUCUUCUCUGGACCUUGGCUCUGGGACCGAUGGGUGUAAAGGCUCCCCAAGCCCUUCAUGCCUGAAAGCCGAGCCAAAUCAGCCUUAAGUCACCUCCCAUCCAAGAACUGGACCUAAAAAUACCAACCCUCCAGACAGACCUGGUAGGAAAAGCCUUCCCAGGAGGGCGGGCUCUUUCCCACCUCCCCAGAGGUGCACAUCCCACAGCCUCAGAGACCGGGAAGAAAGGUAUUCUGAAGGCGAGUUCCUCCCACCUCCCCCAACUCAGAUAACCCCUCCCUCCUUUCUGCUACCACCACUGUCCUGUCUGGACAGCCUCCAGGGCAGAAUAAGAAGGCUGUGGCAGAAGAUACCCACUUUGGAGGCCCUCAAAAACGCCCAUCCUCUGUGGUAUGUGGACUUGUGGCCGUCCUGUCCUGCAGGCAGAGGGUGCCAUUCCCUGUGCUCCAAAGAAGGUACUAGUGUUUGCCCUGGGCCCUUGCAGCCUCCCAGUCACACCUGUUGUGCUAAGGACUGGAUCCUUUUAUCCCAAGCAGAAACCCCCUUCCCCAAACUCCCCAUCCUGUCUGCUUAAACUGGAAUCCCUGGGAGCCCUCCUGACCCACUCGGGUCUCCCAGCUUCCCACCCGGCCUGCCUGAGCCCGCGUUGGUGAGAUGCGAAUUUGGUCCGAGUCAUGGUCCCUUCAGAGCAGACUCCAGGUGGACUGGGGUUGGCCCCUGGAGGGUCAGGGGACCAUCCUCUUGUUCCCUCUUCUCAUUUCUCCACCCUCCUUCCCUCUUUCAGUUAUUGUUUUUUUUUGUUUGUUUUGUUUUUUGUAAAGUGGAUGCCUUACUUUUUUGGAUAAAUAUUUUUGAAGCUGGCAUUUCUAUUUCUUUUGGAUUUUUAAUGUAAGGUUUUUUUGCGGGGAGGGGUUUAGUUACACCUGGAUAAUAAUCUUCUAUCUUUGAGUUGGUUUAGGUUUUAGAAUUUUGUUUUGUUUUGUGAGGGUUUCUUUUUCUUUUGAUGUAAUAAAAUUUUAAAUGGAAA